UUCAUUCAUUUUAUGUUUGUGUUCGUGUUGCAAUGAAAUUUAUUUUUUACACAGUACUAUUUUCUGAUUAACUAUUAUUUUGUGUAAAACAGAGAAAAAUAAACAGAACAAAAAUGGCACUAAGAACUUACGGCGAUAAGCCAAUUAGUUUUCAAAUAGAGGAGGGUGGAGAUUUCUACUGUGUUGGAUCAGAGGUUGGAAAUUACCUGCGCCUGUUCCGCGGGUCUCUCUACAAGAAGUAUCCUGGCAUGGCCAGAAGGACCCUCACCAAUGAGGAGAGGAAACGUCUUGUUGACAACGGUCUCGGACCCCAUGUUCUGUCCAGCUCAGUGUCAUUGCUGAAGGCUUCAGAAGUUGAGGACAUUAUUGAAGGGAAUGAUGAUAAAUACAAAGCAGUGUCGGUGAGUCAGGAACUGGCGACUCCUCGAGAGAGCAAGAGUAAGAAGCCACACAACCCAUCAUGGCUGCCGGUGAUGCCCAACUCAUCCCACUUGGAUGCUGUUCCCCAGGCUACACCUAUCAGUAGGACCAGGGUGCAUAAUAAAAAGGUCCGUACAUUCCCUCUAUGCUUCGAUGACACGGACAUGACAGCGAUGCUGGAGAACGCUUCUCAGAAGCAGGUGCUCGUGCCCAUCAGACUCGACAUGGAGAUUGAGGGACAGAAGCUAAGGGACACAUUCACUUGGAAUAAAAAUGAAUCGAUAAUAACACCAGAGCAGUUUGCUGAAGUAUUGUGUGAUGACUUGGAACUGAAUACAAGCACAUUCAUUCCGGCUAUAGCCACAUCUAUCAGGCAACAGAUUGAUGCUUUCCCGAGCGAACCGCCUGCCAUAUUGGACGAGCAGUCCGACCAGAGAGUUGUCAUCAAGUUGAACAUCCAUGUUGGGAACACUUCUUUGGUAGAUCAGGUGGAAUGGGACAUGUCCGAAAAAGAGAACAACCCCGAGCAAUUCGCGACGAAGCUCUGCGCCGAGUUGGGGCUCGGCGGGGAGUUCGUGACCGGCAUCGCGUACAGCGUGCGCGGCCAGCUGGGCUGGCACCAGCGGACGUACGCCUUCAGCGAGGCGCCGCUGCCCGUUGUCGAGACGCCGUACCGCCAGCCCUCGGAGGCCGAGCAAUGGGCACCACACUUGGAGACGCUCACCAACGCCGAAAUGGAGAAGAAGAUUCGCGACCAGGACCGGAACACGAGGCGCAUGCGACGUCUCGCCAACACCACACCCGAUGUAUCGCUGAGUCGCGCAGUCAACCGACUGAUACGGGCCGACGAAGCGAUGUUCCAAACGACCCCGGAAAAGAGAAGAAAAAAGAUUUAAUCACCCACUGAUGAGAUGCAGCACCUAGUUUAGUAUAGUCGGUUAAGGGCAGUUUACACUUUCGUAAUGUGUGUACAGUGUUUCGUGUCAUCGUGCACUGACCCUAAGGUACAGUUGCAUUUUUAGUUACUAGGUAAAUUUUUGAAUCCAAUUCCGUUAACUUGGUGCCCUUUUUCUGGUGUGAUUGGUGAGUGAAUGUAGG